AUGCGACUUUUGUGUGCAAAAACUCAAACGCUCCAUGAAUUUGUUGCUGAUACGAUACCCCCUUACGCAACGCUAUCUCAUACUUGGGAAGCCGAUGAAAUUACUUUUGACGAUAUUACGAAUGGGCAUUCUUAUCGAGAGUCGAAAAAAGGCUGGGCGAAAGUAAUCAAAUGCUGCCAACAAGCGAUUGAGGACGCUCUCGAGUUCGUGUGGAUUGAUACAUGCUGUAUCAACAAGUCAAACAGUGUCGAGCUCCAAGAGGCAAUCAACUCUAUGUUUAAAUGGUACGAGAUGUCGAUCGAAUGCUAUGUAUAUGUAUCCGAUUUUAGCCACCCUGGCCUGAACGCAGAUCCCCAAGAGAAACAAACAGCAUUGCAAAGAUAUAUGCAGUCACGCUGGUUCACUAGGGGGUGGACCCUUCAGGAGCUUCUUGCUCCGCCGUCGGUCCGUUUCUUUGAUUCCACUUGGCUGGAGUUUGGGGACAAGAUUUCUCUCCGGGAAGAGAUCUCUGAGGCAACUGGCAUCUCCCAGGAGAUGCUGGUUAACUCUGCUAUUGAUGUACACCGGGCCCUGGAUUUUACCAGCAUAGCACAGAGGAUGUCGUGGGCUUCGCGCCGCACUACAACCAAGGAAGAAGAUAUAGCAUAUUGCCUACUAGGAAUAUUUGACGUCAAUAUGCCGUUGCUUUACGGCGAAGGGCCCAAGGCUUUCCAACGCCUCCAGGAAGAGAUCAUAAAGAAGUUUGACGAUCAGUCCAUCUUGGCAUGGGGUUUCAAUCUUGAGGACAGAACCUUGUGGAGUGUCUCCACGGCCCUGGCGCGAUCACCCCGGGAUUUCUACAACUGCGGAGGGAUAGCAUCAAGGGGUGCGGCAGCCCCUGGAGAUGGUUUUUCGAUGUCACAGAGGGGACUCCGACUCGACCUGCCGGUUUUU